AUGAAUCCUUUCAACUCAGCUGCCACUCUGGGUACUAAUGGGUUUGAAGUCUCUCUAAACUACUUCACUGGUAUUCCAGAUAUCAAUACGUUGUCGGAUCCAAAUUUGAAAAAGAAUUUUCGGUCACUAUUAAAGAAGGACGACACCACCAAAGAAAAGGCAUUAAGAGAGAUCCUGAACUCCUCUGAUGUUAGGAUAUUUGAGGACUAUACGGCUGCAGUUGCCUGGGUCCAAAUUUAUCCGAAACUAUCUAUUGAUUUGUCCAGAAAUGUGAGGUUGUUGGCUCAUCAACUGCAAACAAAGAUAGUGCAUACCUUAGGUAAGAAAUAUUCUAGAUUCCUCCCCGAUACCAUUGGUGCUUGGAUUAUAGGCACAUAUGACACAGAAAGAGUUGUCUCAUCGCAAGUUAGAACAGAGUUUCUGUCAUGCUUUAACGAAGAGAAAUUUGAAUCCCUGUUCACGAUUUUUCAAGUUCCACUGCUAAAUUUUGUCAAUCAGUUACUGAACUCUGAGACUCAGAAUUCUCUUUCUAAUGAGCAACAAGUAUCCAAGGACGAGGCAUUAUUAAAGUUUAACAGAGCUGUCACUUCAUCCACGCAAAUGUUUCAGCGGGCUCUGCAACUUCCCAAUCAUUCUGAAGAAUCGGUCGAGUUAAUUGACAAGAUUACUGAUUCGCAUUCGCCUCUGUGGGACAAUUUUUCCAGCAAGGAUUUGAAUAUUAGAAGACAUACGUUGCAGACUGUCCCAUUAUUGUUGUCAUACUCUGAAAACCUACUCAAACCAUUGACUAAAGCGGUGUUUAAGUCUUGUAGAAAGAUAAACAAGAAGCAAGCUUUGCUCAACUCCACGAUUGUAUUACCAACUUUGAAUGCUCUUCAUCGUUUGGUUGUUCAGUCGAAUAACUUUUGGACGCUUAGUAAGAACUCCCAGGAUUACUUCAUUGACUUUGUAUCACUUGGCUCAUGCAACUGUGAUCCAAUUUAUUACCGUUUGUUGUCUGAAAUUAUUACAUCAUCUGAUGAUUCGUUUAUUAGCCUAGAGAACGAUGCGUUUUUCACAACUAUAACUGAUAUUAUCUACCGAAGCAUUUCGAAGGAAAGGCAGAGCAACUCAAUCGUUGUGGGAUGGAUCAUAUUCUUGGACAUCAUUCUUAAGUUUAAAGUCCCGGAGGAACUCAUCAUCAAAAAGGUCACCCCAUUUAUUGUUAGCUUGCUAAACAAAUCAAAACUUGAUUCUGCAAUAGUUAAAAAGACUUCACACUUUUUUGUCGCACUGCCCUCAGAUGAGCUCCUAUUGACCAUUAAUGAUUUGGUGUUAGAUUCGUUGGUGGGAAAGAAGAUAAUUUUUGGUGAAGAGCCACUUAAUGCCGAGCUUUUUUUGAACAACUACUUCAACGUCCUUGCAUCAGAACCUGAUUCUCUGUCUGAGUGUUUAAGAAUGCUCUGCUCCAACGCUUUAAACUCUCUUGAGGACGAAGAACUUGAUCUAGAAGAGAAACCCACGAACUCAUUGGUUCUAGUCGAAGGCAUAAUUUCUCAUAAUUUCACUGAGUAUUCGAACGAAGUUGAAGGUUUCCUUUUCGGUUUAUUAGCGUUUUUAGACGUUAGCUUUGUUAAAGAGCCCUUAAAAACAUUGACACUAUACAGCGAGAGUCAGCUUUUUGAUGACAGAGUACUUCACGAAGUUAUCAAUGACUUCUUUGUGAAGCUAGAGGAUGUAAAUGAUAACUUACUUAUUUCUUACUUUCUGAAAAAAAUACCACAAAUUAAACACUUUGAUAUUGCAAAAUGCCCUAAUUUGGUUUCAUUCACUUUGAAGAAAUCUGGACAAUCGUUCACCGAAAAUGAUUCUGCAGUCAUUUUCAAACUUUUGACCAAAGAUGUUUUAAAGAAUUUGUAUAAUCAGGCAUUAGAUUCUAGCAAACAUUGGGAAGGCUUCAUAGCCAAUUGUUGUUCCCAGUACCAAAACGAUCUAUUUCUGAAAUUUGUUCUGGAGGAGCCUCAGUUUUUGGUCAAUUUGUGGAAACGAUUCUCAUCUUCAAAAGAUUUGCUGAACCUCAUUGAAAUCAAUAACAAUACUGAUCCCAACUUCAUCGUUGAAUUUAAGCAAUCCUUACUUUCUUUCCUCUUGCAGGCUUCUUUUGAAGAUUCCAAGAAUGUUCCUGAAAUAUUAGCUCACAUUUUAAAAGCGGAAAACGGUCCUGAAAUGCUUGCCCUUCCAGAUAAGAGACUGAUAACCAACUUGGCUAAUGGUGUCAAAUUUGGCUCGUACCAGACGAUUUUAUCGAAUCCAUUACAGCAUAAUGUGGCACUGUUCAAGAUAGAUGAUGUUCACAAUGGUGAGAGUUUGAGGAGCAUAUAUUCCAUUAGUGCAGUUAUUUCUUACAUUCUUUUCCUCUUAAAGAACAAGCUCGUUGCAGAGAAAGUGCACAUUAAAGUUCUAGCUGUACUAACCGAGGCUGUAGUUGAUCACACAUUUUUGUCUCCAGAUCCUGAAGCUUAUUUAGUUGACUUACACAGCAACAGCGUUAACUAUAUACUAGGGUUAACUAAAGAUUUGACUACAGAGGAUGUAUUAAACGUGAUAUCAGAUGCUAAUACAGAAUCUGUCUUGAGUAGCUUGCUGAAGGAAGCGGAGAAAAAUAUAUUUGUUGCCAGAAUUGCUACUAGAAUUCUGAGCAACAAACUGCAAUACUCCAAGCCUGCAAUGUUUACUCUCAGUUUUUUGAAUGAUCUCUAUAAGAGAGGACUGCCGAUUCUGUCAAUUGUUUUAAUAUCUCUUCCACAGGAAGUUUUAUUUUCAACGGAGUUGGAUAGAUUCAGAAAUCAAAUUGCAUCCUAUUUGGUGGGGAUUCAAAAUUCGAAAGAAAUUUUGAGUAGUGGCUUACCACAUUUAACUCUUUUGAACAAUUUCACUCUUCUUGAGGAAGAAACUAUUUCAAACACUGUUGAAAUAAUCGAAGCUAACCGAUCAAUGAUGGUUCUUCAGUCUUUUUCAAAACUGUUGGAGUGUGAUAUAGCAUAUGAUCAGGGAUUUAUUCCUAUGCGAAUUCAGAUGCUGAUUUACUUGCACAAUUGUAUUUCAAAAAAGUUAAUCAAUUCAGAUGGUUUGGCGCCUACGUAUGAAGUUUUGUCGAACUUGGUGAGAGACUCACUGGGUGUGGUUUCGAUGGAGUUGGAAUCAGCUACUGCCACAGAACUGACCAAAGGCAUGAGCAUAGCACUGGCCUACUUCACUUUCAGAUCCUUAAUUCUACUACAGAAGUCCUCACAAGUUAACAGUGACAUUUGGAUGUCAGAAAAAGAAACCAUUAUUACUGAAUUCUUGGCUGUUGUUAAAGUGUUUGAUUUUAAAGUUGAGAACUUGUGCACUGAAUUGGUACUAAAUUUUACUGAGCAAGUGUUAAUUGAUAUAGUUCCAGACUCCUCAUUGAACGAAGAAAUUGACUUUUUUUAUGAACAGUUGGAAACAUCGUUCUCACUUUUAAUGCUAAAAGUGACUACUCAAGUCCUUUACAAAGUUCUCUUAAACAAUCAUCAGAAUUUUGUAAUUGAAAUGGAGCUUCAGAAAAUGUCUGUCAAAGCUGAUGAAGAUACCCAGAAAUUAAAACCAGAACUUCCUCCAUUGCUUAUCCAGUUGAUAACUACUCCCUUUGAAGAGUAUAUUGAGUUUGAAUCUCCGGAAGUUGUUGCCAGAUACUUAUUUGGGUGGUAUUUGGUCUUAUUGCAUUUUAGAAACGUUACCUAUGACAUCAGGAAGAGCUAUCUUGGUCAAAUUGAAGACUUUCUUUCUGGAUUUCUUUCGUUUGUGUUUUGGCAGAUUGAUUUUGAGCAUGAUAAAAGCUUCUACCAACACCUUAAAUCUAACACUCAAGUGAACAGACCAAUGAUAUUUGAGAAGCUUUCUUCCGAUUUACCAAUGGAUGUGCAAUUCAAAACAUUCACUGUUUACCUUUACUAUACUGCUCUGGAAUUACUAGGUUCUUCAUGUAAGCAUUGGUUCAUGGAUAUAAAGAAUCGUCAACUCAAAUCAACAAUUGAAGAAGUAACCAAAACCCUAAUCUCACCUAUAUUGAUUAACAGUGAGCUCGAUGCAGUUGAUAGAAGGCUGAAAAGUUCAGAGAUCCUCACCAAGGACGAAAAUCUCAAAGUCAAGACCAAUAGGCAACAACACGAUGUUAAGUCUCAAUAUACUAUUGAUGAACAAACUAUGGAAAUGACUAUUCGACUUCCUGACACCUAUCCUUUAACCAAUGUUAUGGUCGAGGGUCUUCAUCGUAUUGGAGUCAAGGAACAACAAUGGCGUGCUUGGUUAAACUCCUGCCAGAGAGUCAUUUCAUCCUCCAACGGCACAAUAAUAGAAGCUCUUGAGCUAUUCAACAAGAAUGUCAACUAUCAUUUUUCUGGGUUCGAAGAGUGUGCUGUCUGUUACUCCAUUCUUCAUCUAGAUUCAUCUUUGCCAUCUCAAAGUUGCCAUACCUGCAACAACAAAUUCCAUAGUGGGUGUCUCUACAAGUGGUUCAAAAGUUCGGGAACUUCGACAUGUCCAUUGUGUCGUUCUACUUUUAACUUUUCCAGAAGAAAAUUGGAUACUGAAAGGUCCCGUGAACAGUUUUGA